CAUCGCGCUAGCAGGCUCAGUCCUCGCGACAAAGAUGGCGGCUCCUUUAACACUGCUGCUAAUAGUGGCUGUUACAAUAAGAGCUGUUUUGUUCCGAUCCACUUUGGCAGAAUUAAUUUCGGAGAGGGUUGAGGUGGUGUCGCCAUUGAAUGCGUGGAAACGAGUUGUGGAGGGUCUUGCCUUGUUGGAUCUGGGGGUCUCACCUUACUCAGGAGAUGUGUUUCAUGAAACUCCACUUAUCAUAUAUCUCUUUCAUUUUGUGGUCGACUAUGCAGAGAUCGUUUUCAUUAUAGCAGAUUGUAUAACAGCAGUGGCUCUAUAUCUGUCAAUCCAGACUUAUAAUAAGAAUGUGUUUAGAAAACAGAAGUACGCAUUGGAAUCGGAUCGGUAUCCACAUGACUGCCUGGAGCUUCUACGCUCGCCCAAAGAGAUGUUCUACAUCCCUCUCAAGGUUGCCAUGUUUUAUCUGUUAAACCCCUUCACUAUCCUGUCUUGUGUGGCGAAGUCGACAUGCGGAUUAAACAAUGCCGUUAUUGCGCUCUUCAUUCUCUGUACAUUAAAAGGUAGUGUCUUGUUGAGCGGGAUAUUUUUGGCAUUGGCCACAUAUCAGUCUAUCUAUCCUAUGACCCUGUUUGCUCCGGCUCUACUGUUUUUCCUGCAGAGGUUGUAUAUCCCGGUGAACCUGCAGAGAAGUAGCUUUUGGUUCUUCACGCUACAGUAUGUCUUCGUAUAUGUGGGCAGCUUGGUGGUCAUCACUGGACUCUCCUUUUUUCUUCUGGGCUCUUGGGAUUUCAUCCCUUCUGUUUAUGGAUUCAUUCUGUCCGUUCCAGAUCUUACUCCAAACAUCGGACUCUUCUGGUAUUUCUUCGCAGAGAUGUUCGAACACUUCCGUUACUUUUUCAUCUGCGUCUUCCAGAUCAACGUCUUUUUUUACACCAUCCCUCUUUCCAUUAAACUCAAGGAACAUCCAGUGUUCCUUAUAUUCAUGCAAAUUGCCGUCAUCUCCAUCCUUAAGUCGUACCCAACAGUUGGAGAUGUUGCUCUCUACAUGGCAUUUCUGCCAGCCUGGAAUCACCUCUAUAGAUUUUUAAGAAACAUCUUUCUGGUGUCAUGCGUGUUAUUGGCGUGCUCCGCUCUGUUUCCUGUACUUUGGCAUCUUUGGAUCUACGCUGGCUCUGCCAACUCCAACUUUUACUACGCCAUCACCUUGCUCUUCAAUGUUGGACAGAUCUUACUGGUGUCAGACUACUUCUAUGCCUACCUGCGUCGAGAACAUCACCUGACUCAUGGCCUCUACCUGAAGAAGAAGGACGGCACUGAAGCCACACUGGUGUUAAAAUGAACUUCAGUCAUCGGACUGAGCGAUCUCACCGUCUGCCUCACACUCCCAUGUUCCUAAUUUCUCUUCUUUCUUUAUUUAUUUUUCAUUCGCACUACUUUUUUCCCCCACUUCUAUUCGAUCCCAAUAUUCUGCUAUUUUAUUUGCACAUCGGAGAGUUUUACCUCAUGUUUGGAUAUGGGCGCUUCCACCUGGACCAAAGCUGUAAGAGACUUCAGAUUUCAGAUGAGGGUCUACAAUGUUUCUGCACCUAUGAAUGACAGAAAGGAUGUGCCAAGGUGUAUUUUCACAUUUGCAUAUUUUAUUUUUGCUUUAUUUGGUCGAUUUUGUCGUCUAUAAAAGUCCUAAUUCGAACAGUGAGGUUGUUUGGUACAUGUGCAGUUUGCAGACGCAGUCAACAGAGGGCAUAGCAUGAAUGUGCAAUGCUAACUCAGACUGAUUAAGGACCUUUAGACCCUUCGGUUUAUCAAACCGUCCAAUAUUAAGAGAUUAUUUACUCUGAAUACUCUUUCAUACGGUUAUUGCUUGACUCAUUAACAGAUUUUACAGUUUUGCCUCUCAGACAAAGAGUCAAAGGGAUACCUCAGCCAAAUAUCAAAAUUACCCCAUGAUUUACGCAAUCAUGCAUAUGUCCAUCAUCUUUUAGACAAGCACAUUUGGAGUUGUUUUUGUAAAUGUCCUUGCUUUACCAAGUUUAUAAUGGGAUUAAACAAGAAUCAGGGAACAACGUCUGAUGUUAAAAACCCCAAAAAAGUGCAUUCAUCCUUUACGGAAGUAAUCCACAUGGCUCCAAAGGGUUAAUAAAGAUCUUCUGAGAGUAAUUGAUGCGAUUUUGUAAGAAAAAUAUUCAGAUUUCAAACUUAAUAAACUUUAGUAACUAGCUUCCAGUAACGGCACUAUUUUGACCUCACGCGAGAGAUUUAGCGUAGCGAGUGUUCGUUGCCUUGGUUUGCCAGGGGAACAACUUCUGCCUUUAAAAGCCCAAAAAGUG